GUUCAUUUAUUUAUCAUACUAUAAUCAUGAAUUAAUCUUAACAACAAUCUUGUUUCAUCCGUAAAAUGUUUAUGUCAUAGUAAAACAAACAAACAAACAAACAAACAAACUGAAAUACUGUUGGGCUCAAAUGUUUUUCAUUGAUUUAUUCAACAUAUUUCAUUUUUAUUCCUCAAAUUAUAUGGAAUAUAAUCGAUUAAUUAGAUAGAAUAUUUCCCAUCACAGCAACAACAACAACAACAACAAAUUGUAUCUAUGCUAUUCGUGAUAUGAAACAUUGAUGAUUGAACAUGGAAACUAUAGAUUACGUCAUACCAUGAUUGUUUUUUUCUUUGAAAUUGAUCGGAGAAAUGUUUUUUUUCUUUUUCUUUUUCUUUUAAAUCUAUACUUGCCUUUAUGUUAUGAUAGUUUCAAUCAAGUAAAGUAAUAAUAAUAAUAAUCUAUAAUACUAUUGAUAAACAUAUGCCUAAACGGAAUAAACAAUCAAUAACUGAUCCGGAUCAUUGUAAAGCUAGUUGUUGCUAUACAUGUAAAUUAAAAUCAACACAGAAAAGAUCAAAUUAUAAACGUGAAAUACAUGAAAUUUCUUCUCCUCUACGUCCGGAACAAAUUUCAUAUAUCCUUAGUCGUAAUAAAACAUUCGAUGAAAUUUCUAUGCCAUCUGCAUGGAUUGCACCAUUUCCAUCCAAAUGUGUCACUGGAAAAUUUACACCUACAUCAUUCAAAUCAGAUAAUAAUCAAAUUGAUCAUUUACAUCAACGUAUAAGUCCUAGUCUUAUACAAACAACUCCAUUGAAUAUUCAUCCGAAUGUAACAACUUCACAAUUAGAUCAUCAACAAAAGAUUAAAUCAAAUCAAUCAUGGUCAAAAACUACUGAUGAUCCAUAUAGUACAUCAUUAGUAUGCAGUUUAUCAGCUGAAUUAGCUAGUGUUGGUAGACAAAGAUUUCGUUUAACUUAUAUUACAGAUCGUCUAUUAGUCGUAAGCUAUCCACCUGAAUCAACCAAAACUGAUCACAAUGAAGGUGCUCGAUGGUUAUGUAAAGCAUUUGAAAAACGUUAUGGUGAAAACUAUAGGAUAUUUAAUCUGUCCGGCUUCACCAAAGAAUUACACUUUUCAAGUCGAACUCCUGUAAUUGAUCUGUUCUGGGCAGGAAAACUUGCUCCCGCUUUAGAACAACUAGUGACAGCUAUUGAUCAGUUAGACUUUUGGCUUCAUAAUCAUGAUAUUCCAUCAACAAAUGAUAUCAAAAAAUCUAAAGAAAUCAACAGUAUAAAUAAUCGUGUAGCUGUUCUUCAUUGUACCGGACCAAAAUGUUUAUUAGCAACAUAUUUAGCUGUUUAUAUGUGUCAAUCAAAAGCAAGAUUUGGUCCAUUAUACGGACAAAGACCUGGUUCACCAACUGCACGUGGUUUACAAUGGAAUGAGAAUCGAUUAAGAAGAUUUAAACAUGAACUUGUCUUGGGACAUACCAUAUUGAAAAAAUUCUAUGAAGAUAAUUUAGCUAGAGAAUUGAAUCCUUCACAAAAAAGAUAUGUUGGCUAUUUUUCUGGUUUAUUAACUGGUGCAUUAAUUUUACAAGAUCGUUUAGUUUAUUUACAUACAAUUGUAUAUCGUGAUUCAUCAAGAGGACGUUAUCUUGGACAAUCAUUAGAUGCAAUUAUAGAAAAUAAUGAAAAUUCAUUAUAUGCAAAACCAGAUGAAAUUAUCACUAAUCAAAUACAAUCGAUUAAUCAAUAUAAUAUUAAACAAACAUUAUUAUCAUCAUCAUCAUUCAAUCAAAAUGAUUUAUUGAUUAAUGAUCAUUUAAAUGAAAUCGAUAAUGAUCACGAGGAUAAUGAUGAUAAUGAUGAUAUUGAUCAUAUUAAAAGAUGGGAUCAAAUAUUUUCUAGUCCAAUUGAUUUAUUGAAAACAACAAUGAUUACACAACAACAACAACAACAACAACAACAUCACCACCCCCAACAACACCAACCCCAACAACAACAACAUCACCAUCCCCAACAACAACAACAAGAACAACACCACCACCAUCAACAAACUGAUCAAACGACCUUUAGUGAAUUACCAUCAUUGAAACAGUUUCAAACAUUUGUUGAUAAGGAAUGUGGUCUUUUUUUAAAAAUUUAUCAAAAUCUAAAUUUAAUGCAUACUACAAGAGUUCUAUGCCCAAAUGUGAAUUUUCGAGUGGAACGAUAUAUUUUUCCAAUUGAACCAGUGUUACCAUUGCAUGGUGAUGUUUUAAUCGCUUGUUACAUACAACCAAACUUUUCAACACAACUUCAAGAAUGUUUAUUUCGAGCUCAAUUUCAUACAUGUGCAGUGGAUGCUGAAAAACUAUCCUUUUUCAAAGUUGAUUUAGACGAGGCAUGUGAGAAGACAAUUUUUCCAUCAACUGGUUGUGUUGAAUUAUAUUUCACAUCACAUCGUGAACUUAUUACAGAGCAUACGGAUAAUAUAGAACGUGGUUGUUAUAUAUGGACAACAGCUGAACGUGAAUCGAAUAUCUUAACAACAAGAAAACAAUUAUAUGGAUUAAAUUGUGAUCCAUUUCAACAUCGUGUUCAUAAUAAUGAUGACGAUGAUGAUCACGAUGAUCAUGAUGAUGAAUUCGUUACUACUAUUCAUGAUAGACAAACAAAUAAAUUUUUUCCUAAAUUACAUAAUUCAUCUAGACAAGCAUUACGUAUAUUGAUUACAACACAAGAACAAUUGAUUAGUGUUGCUGGUGGAUUAUUUACACAAAGUAUUAGUGAUUCAAAAGCUCCAAUGUGGUCUGUUAAUCAUAAUCAAGAACUAACUGAUUCAUCAAAACCCAAUCGAUUGAACUUAAUGAGACAAACAUCUGAUCCACUAAGUCAUCCAGUAAUACGUGGUCGUAGUCCACAAAGUUCUAGUCAAUGGAUAAAUAUUCAAGAUGCUUCACAUAGUACAAAUCAAAUACCUUUAUAUCAACAAGCAUUGCUUAGUCCUCGAGUAAAAGUUCCACAAAAUAAUAAUUUACUAACUAAAGGUUUAAUUCAAUCAGAUUAUACUGCAAAUAUGUACUCUGAUAUACCACAAUAUCAACAACAAUCUCAACAACAAACUCAACUUACACAUAAUCAAUCGUCAAGUGGGCAAAUUUCAAUGAAUCGAUCAAAUUUGGCACAAUUACAAAGUUUAUAUCAACAAUUACUUCAACAACAUCAACAACUUUUACAACAACAACAACGUCAACAACUCCAUCCACAACAGCAACAACAACAAACUUUGGAUUAUACAGCUGGUCAACCAAUAGAUAGUAGUCUUUAUGCAACUGUUCAACGUCCAUCCGCUACUAUUCCUAGUUCAUUGGUUGCAAGCUUACAACGUGUAAUUUUACAGCAGCAGCAGCAACAACAACAACAACAACACCAAACUCCAAUGCAACAACAAUUACAGAUUCCUCAGACACAAGCGUCAAUCAUCCCCAGUGUGAGUAUGUAUCCACAGGUCACACCAGCUAUACAACCCUUAACAACACUUAGUCUUUCUGGUUUAUCUACAUCAUCUGCUUUCAAUAAUCUUGCACGAGCUUUACUUCCUACAUCAAUUGCUUAUAAUACUGGAGAAUCAUUAACUGCACCACCAUCAUUGUCUGGUGCUCCACCUCCAACACUAUUUCAUAGUCCUAAUUUAAUGCCAAAUUCUAAUCUACUUCUUUCAAAUUUAAGACCACCAAUGUUUCCCCAACAACAACAACAACAACAACAGCACUGGUUACAGAAUUUUCAAAUUCCUUCAGCUAUGGAACCAUCUUAUCUUUCAUCACAAAAUAGAUUAGCUGGUCCAUCAAAUAUGGGAUUAAUUGGUGAUAUUGCACAAACUGAUUUAUUGAAUGAUCCAUCUUGGCAAGCUGAACAAAGACGAAGAAUUGAUCUACAGAGAACACGUUCAUUGUUGAAUGAACAAGAAAGGAAAUUAUUUGAAGAAUUGAAAAAUAUUCGUAAUCGACGAGCUGGUCUUUCAAAAUUAGAACAAUUUGGACGUUCUACGACUGGUAGUGGUGGCAGUGCUGUUGGUACUUCUGGAUUAACACCUCUAGAAAGUUAUCGUCGAGUUACUAAACGUAUAUCAACUAGUGAAGAUGCACGUCUUAGAAAUCGUAAUAGACCUUUAUAUGCAAUUGGUCGAUCUGGGUCAGCUGAUACAGCAAGAGUACCACUUGGCAGUGGUGGUCAUUAUCCGUAUGGUGAUGCUUAUGGAUCAGAUCUUGAUGAAGAUUCAGCUCUAUUGGCCAUUUUAGAACAAAGAUUAUCUAGAAAACCGGAAAGUCGAAGAAUCUACUCGGAUUCUGAGAUGGGAUUACAAGAUGCAGGUGAUAUUCCAUUACGUAUUGUUGGACAACAACAACGUUCUGGUCAUGUAGUUGACGGGUCUAGUCAAGCUUUCACUGGUCCCACUAUACCAGUUUCACCAAUGAAUUUACCAUUUCCAUACAUGGAUCUCGAACGGAAAACAACUCUUCCCCCAACUCCACCUCCUCGUUCUCGUAUUCAUGAAUUUGACUAUUCUUUACAAUCCACAUACUAUCCAUAUCAUCCUGUCUUACAUCCUUAUGAACAUGAUAGUUCAUAUCGAGAUAUUAGUCCAUUAUCUGAUAUUAUUAUGUCAUACGGUGAACAAAAUGAAGACUCGGAAUUAUUUCCAAGACGGCCAAGGAUACAAGUUGUACAUUCUCCAGUUGAAGCAUCCAAUCAAAUAACAAGUGGACCAACUAGAGGAAGAGCAUUUUCUGGAUCUCCGACAAUUUAUCAAACUCAAGGACCAUAUACAAAAUCAAGAUUAACUUAUAUGUCCCCUGCUAAAAGAUCACAUUUCUGGGGACAUUCAAGUUAUGACGAGCAAUGGUCAAGACAACCAGUUGCCGAUGGACCUACAAUUGAUCGAUCCUCGUGUACUAGUCCAGUACAAACACAUUCUGGUCGUUUGCUUCGAUCACCAGUUAGUCCACCGUCUAGAGGAUAUAUUCGACGUCCAUCAGAAAUGAUUGAUGGAGGUAGUCAAUCGGAUACAGCGAUUAUGGCUGGUUUUAGUAGUCGGGUAUGUUAUCCCGGUACUUCAUAUUCUGCACAUGAUCAACCUGUUAGACGACCAUAUAGAGCAAUGCGUGGUAAAACCUCUGAAACUACGAAAAGAAAUAGACCUACACAAGUUCCAGUAUAUCGAAGUCCAGAAGAUCACAAACCGCAAAGACAAAAACAACCAAUUUCAAGUGGUUUAGAACAUAUACCGGAUAAUGCUUUAGUUGUGUUAAGCAGAAUAUCAGCAUCCACUCAUAUAUGGUAUCGUCCUGAAAUGUCACGGAAUGACGCAAUGGACUUAAUCAGAUCAGAAGCUGCUGGAUCAUUUGUAGUUCGUAAUAGUGGAAGCUUUCCACAUUCAUUUGGACUGGUAGUUAAAGUCCACAGACAUCAUACUCAUGGUGAAGAAUCCGAUUCUAUACGACAUUAUUUAAUUGAAGGUUUACAAUCUACAACAUCAGCUGUAUAUCAUGCAAUUGGUGUAUCUGGCACAUUAUUACCUCCAUCUAAUAUUCCAAUGGAUUCAUCAGCUUUAAGUGUAAUCCAUGAACCUGUUCGACUUCGUGGAUCUUCAAAUGAACCAAUAUUUACUAAUUUAGUUAGUUUAUUAUAUGAACAUACAAUUCAACCAUUAGCAUUACCUUGUAUAUUAAGAUUACCUUUUAAAUUACCUACUUCAAUCAAUAGUCUUCCUUCUUUAAUAGUAUUAACAAGAAAUUCACAGUCUGAUCAUAUAUCACCAACUUCAAUAGUACCAAAAUAUUCUUCACAAGUUGGAUCCUAUCAUACAGGCUGUGAAAGUCCUCAUGACUUUCAUAGAACGGACCGAUCCCAAGGAGUUUCAGUACGACAUCCUACAGAAUCUUUACCUACUGACUUAGGUUCGUAUGAAAUGGAAUCAUCGUAUAAUCCAACACAGCAACACCAACAAUCAGGAACACAUCCCUCACAACCGAGUAUACAUCAUUCAACUAGACAAGAUUCUUUUCUUACACCAUUUAGCGGUUCCAAGUCUAGAUCGAAUAGAUCUCCUCCUGCUGUAUAUGAAGGUGAACUAGGACCGAUAGGUCCUCCAGAUUCAGGAAGAACAUUUACAUCGAUCUAUUUAGGAAGUAUUGACACUGAGAAUCUUACAGGUUCUUCAGCAAUUCGUAAAGCAGUUGAUGUCCUUUUAGAAAAUGCAGCUCAGGUUAGACAAACCGAAGUAACAAUACGUGUUUCACAAGAUGGAUUAACAGUUACAGAUAAUUGGAGAAAAUUAUUUUUUCGACGAAAUUAUCCAUUUCAUUCUGUAUCAUUUUGUGCAAUUGAUCCUUGUCAAAGAUGUUGGGAAUCACCUGAACUCAGAUCAAUGGGCUUCAAAUCUUCAUUAAUUUUUGGUUUUGUUGCUAGAAAACAAAAUACAAGAGAAAAUAUGUGUCAUGUAUUAUGUGAUACACCAGAAUGUAAUGCAACUAUAAUUACAGAUUAUAUUAUGCAUCGAUUAAAUGAAUAUUAAAAAUAUUAAAAAAAAACUUUUAUUGAUUUAUUAUUAAGUAGUAAUAUUAUGUAAUCAAAUCAAUAUUUCCAACUUGACUACUAAUGUACAUAUAUAUACAUAUGUGUAUACCAUUUACUACAUAUUUAUUAUCUCUUAAUUUAUGAGUGCCCAGGAUAAGGUUGGAUGAAAGGUGUUAUUGGCUGGAGGUCUAUGCUCCUCCACAAGAAGUAAUAAGCGUAAGGAAGUAAGGAAGUAAAGUAUGCGCAUCAUCAUCACCAUCAUCAUCCUCAUCAUAUUACCAUUAUCAAUGAAGACUUUUUUUCUUUAUUUUCAAUCAAAAAAAGCAUUCCUAUCAGUAACAAGCGAGAGAGAGAGAGAGAGAGAAAGAGAAAAACACACCAAAAAUACAGAACAAAACUGUAUGCAUCUUGAUUUUAAAAAAUGUUUUUCUAUUGUAGAUCAAUUGUAAAUUGUUCUUUCUUUCUUUCUUUUUUUGUUUUUCUCUUUUUUCUUUUUUGUUUUUCUUUUUCUAAAGAGAAUAACUCAUUCUUGUUUAUACAUGUCAUUGUUUCCUUUUGUUGUUAAUGUGAUUGUUGAGUCUUCCAUUUAAUAAUUUCUUUCUUUCUUUUUUUACAAAAAAAAAAUUAUAUUUAUUAAGUGAGUAACCAUGCCCACACACACACACACACACACUAAAGAAAAACACAAAAAUAAAAUUCAGAUCAUAUAUAUAUGUAUGUAUGUAUAUAUGAAUGAAUGAAAUAGAUCUACAUGAUAGAAGAAAGAAACAGAGGUAAACUAGAACUCAUUAUUACACUACCACUACUACUACGUCAUCAAUGCAAUUAAUAUUAUUGAUUAUUAAUUAUUUAUAUAUGAUCUCUUCAUAUACAUUUGCAUUUAUUAUUGAUUAAUUGAUGGAUAAAUGAAUAGAUUAGUUACUAUGUGACAACAUAAAUGUGUAUGGAUAUUUAUCAUUCUGUUGAUGACACAUUUUUUUAUAUUUUGUGUAUGCCAAUAGGUUCUUUAUUAUUAUCAUCAUCAUUAUUAUCCAAUCAGAAUAAAGAUAUACAUUAAUAUAUAUAUAUAUAUAUAUAUAUAUAUAUAUAUAUGUGCGCGCGUGUGUGCUCAUGUGUAUGUAAUACCUACAUGUACGUAUGUAUGUCUUUGACGUGUGCAUUUGUAGCUGAGUGCACAAAAUAUAUCCAAUCAGAAUAAAGAAAUACAUAUGUGUGUAUAUAUAUGUAUAUAACUACAUGUAUGUAUGUAUGUAUGUGUAACUGAGUAUAUAUAUAUAUAUAUAUAUGCAUAUACAGUAAUAUUAUUAUACCAUAUAUGAUACAAUGUAUUGUAUGAUAUAAAGUAGAAUACCAUAGUGUUACAUAGUUUGGCCUGUUUUUUCUUUGUUUGUUUGUUUGUUUUUCUCUAUUUCUGUUCUUUUUUAUCAAUUCAAUAAAUAAUUGUACUAAUUUCCAACUGUGAUAACAGCACUUUCCAGUACUUUUAAAUAAAAUCUCUUCUCUCUCCCUCCCUCCCUCUCUCUCUCUCUCUCUCGCUAUAUAUAUAUAUAUAUACAUAGAUACUUCAAUCUCUAUAAUAUUAAACAGAAAAAAGAAAAAAAAUUUUUUCUUUUUCUUUUUGUUUGUUUGUUUGUUUCUUUAUUCAUUUUCACAAAUAUCUCCAUUAUAGAUUUAUUUCAUGUAACUAAACUGAACUGAACUGAACUGAAGUAAAUUCAAUGGAUGAUAGAUAGAUAUAUUAAUAUGCAUAGCAACUAUGUAUGUACAGAUUACAUAAUAUAAAUAAGCAUUAAAUUGAACAGAAAUCACAUCAUUAUUAUUUUUCAAUCAAUAAAUUGUAACUUUGUUUACAUUCAAUACUCUUUAUUAUUAUUACUCAUAUACAAAUGGAUAUACUUGUAAUGGAAUACAUUGAAGUUGUUGACUUAUUACUAAAAUGCAUUGCAAUAUAUAUAUAGAUAUAGAUAUUGAGUCCAAGAUACUAAGCCGUUUAUCUAUCUAUCUAUCUAUCUAAUCAAUCUAUCUAAUCUAUAGUUCAAUAUUGAAGAUGGAUUUCACAUUGUUGUCUUCUUCUACUUUCAUUUCUUUAUCCCAAAAAAAAGUGAUUUAUAGCUUAGUUUCUACGCACAAUUGAAUUGAUUCUAUCUAGCGCUUUUUCAAAUUCAUAUACUUUGUAUGUUGAAAGUAACCAAUUAUAUAUAUAAUCCUAUGAUAUAUAUGACUAUAUGAAUAUACAAAAUUGAAACAUUUUGA